AUGGAUGUUAAACAAGAUUCCUCGAGGGGAGCGUACCAGCAGCUUCCUCACGAAGGAGCCGGUGAUGCGGCCGCGAUACCUUGUCCCAUGAUGGAAUCUACUAAUGAUGAAACAAAAGAGAAACUACCUCCUUACUUUCCUCAACCAGGAGAUGAAUUUCCAGCAAAACCGGAAGGAUCGAUGGAGGCUAUCGGUCCAUGGGCAACUGGUCGUGUAACGUUCAGCCCUAAAGAUGGUUUAACAGGAGUGAGACCUGUUGUCGAUCGAUAUUCUGUAACGCAAUUCGGCGCACCAGAAUGGAGAGCCCACAAUCAGAAGUUUUUCAAGCAAUCGGACGAAAAGAUUCGAGAUGCUCAGCUGGCUGUGAGUAACGCGAAACGAUGCGUCGACGAAUCGUACAGAAGGGCAGACAAAACGCAGUUAGAAUCGACGGAUCAUUUGAAGAGUCGCGCUAAGGACGUGUAUCGUUGGAAAACCGAGCUGGAACACGUAAUACUUGAUAUUACCAAAGAGAUCGAAUUAUUGGAAGGCGAACGACGACGUGUGAAGCACUCUUUGUCGGUUCUCACUGUUCCCGAGUCGAUCGCUGGGGAAUUUUUGCAAUUGCGGUCUAAAAGACUCGAAUCCGAUCUCAUCCGGGACGAGGUCGAGGAGGAGCUAACGAAAGAGGUAGCACUUUGCUGGGAGAUACGCGAUUUACUCGGUAGAACUCGAGAGCAAAUAGAACUGCAAUUGAUCGAACUAAAAGCUGCCAAAGCAAGGAUGGAAGUCGACUGGACCGAUAAGACACACUCAUAUGGCAUCGAUGCUCACUGUAUAGAAUUAAAAAACGAUUCGUCCGUUAUACUUUGGGCACCUGGUGCCACCAGAUUUCCAGCGGAACAAUCGACACCAGCCAGUUACGAGCACUACACGCGGGAAAGUUUAACCGACGCGGAGGCCGCGAGGCAAAAAUCAGCGAACCUGAGGUCCACUUUGAACGCCAUAUAUACGAACUCCAUCAAAGAUCUUCGUGAUCAAGCGACACGCGUGGAUCUCGUACUAGGCGAAAAGAUUAAGAUGACCGAGGAAGUUCGCAUACAAUUAGAGAAAGAAUUACUUCGCUGUUUGCACGAAUUGGCAAACACUGAGAAAGCGAUCGAAGAACUUCGUCAUUCGGCGAGAGGAUUGGAUCGCGCGAUGAAAGUGGCGCAAACACGAUUAGCAAAUAGAUUACAACGACGUAAUGUUGAAAGCUGUCGCGAUACACCUCAAUUUGCUCUCGUGGAGGAAGUGAAAUUCUUGAACGAACGCACAUCGGCAAUGUUGGCGGAACUGAAACGAGCCGAGGAGACACAGGCUGGUUUGGUAAAAGCGAGAAGCGAUCUCGAACGAGAAAUAAUCGUGAAACGUAAAACAUUGUACAUAGACAAGCAGCGCGGACAAUUGCUACGUUCGUUCUAUCCUUCGGCCGCUGCCCUUUCCGGUUUCUAACGAUGUUCGAACGUCCGUGUUGCAAUAUCUUAAUUAGAAA